UAUCCAGCUCUGCGGCUCAAUAUAUCGUCUGCUCUCAUACAGAGAAAACGACUACAGCUCGGCCAAUCGUGUACUAUUUGGCACAACGAUACACGGGACUUGUCGUCGGGCGCGCGAGUUGCCAUGAGUCCAGCGUCGAGCACAGCUACGAUGGACACACCGUAUCGCGUAUCAUUAUGCUCAACGUGCGACAGGGCAAUAACACGCGACCCGGCUUUCUCGCCGAAGACUCAGAAGCCGAACCUCAACUCAAGCCUCGCUCCCUCCUCUCCAGGACUCUCUCCCUCCCAAAUACUUGGGCAAGCAGAGCUACAGGCACGAGAAUUUAAGAAAGAGCUGCUCCAACUCAAAAUCACCAAGUUGAAGCUGAAGCAGCAACAACGAGCUCUUGUCGCCUUCAUAGAUCAACAACGAGGCCGUGUAUCGCCUAUACGUCGUCUUUCGGAUGAGCUUCUGGUGAUGAUCCUGCUCGAUGUCUGCCGAGGUUUUGACUUCCGCUUUCCUAUCCGCGAAACACCCCCGAAUCUUGCGGUCUCGCAGGUCUGCCGCAGAUGGCGGUCUCUCGUCCGGGGCCACGACAAGUUCUGGUGCUACAUGAUCGUGGUCGACGUUCUUGGCGUGCUCGAGUCUACAUCCAUCGACGUCGGAGAGGAUGACGACGAGCGCCGCAUAGUUGUGGAAUAUGACGAGCGCGACGUGGUCGCGUAUGAGAAGUUACUCCUCCUCGAAGUGACUCGCACUUGGUCGCACUUGGUCUGCUUUGACCUUCUCCUUAGGGAGGAGCACCUCAAGAGCUUUGGCGGUGUGAUAGCAAUCCUUGCGCGCGAGUACAAUCGCUGGCACUGUUGCACACUGUCCCCGGACGCUCUGAGGGCCUUCGAUGGGCACUUCCUCGGCAUAAAUGAGAGUCGAAAACCCGCGCGCCUGGAGAAGGUCACCAUCAUGGCAGACGACCCGCCAGAAUUCCCACUGGACGGGAUCACCAUGUUCAAGAACGCGCCUGUCCUAAAUGGAUGGCGGCAGCUUGUCGAUAACAUGAACUCGAUACCGGCCCUACCCUGUUGGCACCUCACCCACCUGGCGACCGAGUCCUCCUGGAUCACCCUCGCUCACGCGCGGACGCUGCUCACGGCGUGCCCCGCGCUCGUCGAGCUGAAUGUAUCGCUCACGGUCCCCGAGGGCACCCCGUUCCCCGAGCGGACGCCCAUAUCCCUGCCCCGGCUUCGCAACCUUGAGCUCAAGGCGGACAACCUCUACAUCAUCUACUACAUGUUCUGGGUCCUCACCGCGCCGCGGCUCGGCAGCCUGCGGCUGCAUAUGGGCCAUCUGGAGGACUAUCGGGUGUGGCUUUGGCCGCUUGAUAUCUUGGAUAGGUUCCUCGAGCGAUCGGGGUGUACAAUUAGGAACUUCGCGCUGGUUGAUAUGCCGAUUGUGGCAUUCAACGGGUCGGGGACGUAUCAGGUGUUGGAGAGGUUCUCGAAGUUGAAAACGCUGGAGGCCAAUGAGAUUGGGCCUGGUCGUCCGGAGGAUGUGCUGAAGGAGGUCGCGGUGCAGCGACGCACGGCGACGGACUAUAGGGGCGCUGGGGAAUGGAUCUGCCUCCCAAUGCCGAUGGGACCACGACAGUGAGGGUGUCGAAUGUGCGGCGAGCGCAACCGGUGAGUUAUCUUCGUCGGCUCACUCUACCAGACCGGAUAGGGCUGCCUUUCCCCUCGCUACCUACGCACCUUUCGCCUUUCGUUCUACUGCUUCAGACCU